AUGCCGUCGGAGGCCGAUUUGGACCGCCUGCGCUGCCGUCUUCACCAGUCCGGCGCCAUUGUAUCCUCUCGCUCUGUCGCGUCCAGGGCGGAUGCGAACUUUGACUUGGAGGUUGUCAACGUCGGCGAUGGACGGCGCGCCACCCCGGUAGAGCACUUGCUAGCGCGGCUGGAGCAGCACGGCCUACGUCGCCGACUGGUUGCCGAGGACGACGCCGCAGCGUACGCCGUGGAUGCAGCCGCACGCGCGGAUACGGAGGAGAACGCGGACGACGACGGCGACGAGAUGUAUGCAUCCGAGGAAGGCAACACUGAGGACCCCAGGGCCGUAUCCUCUUGCUCCUCGGGUGACGGGGCGUUCUCUUCCCCUGCGCCAUCUAAGGCCCCCGAAACGCGUGAAGCGUACUACUACCUCUGCGUUCCUUGUGAGCUCCGCCUCACGCGCAUCAGCCGCCGUCCGCCGCGCUGGCGCGCACUCGAGGACGUUCACUUCCACUUCUCCUCUGCGGCGCACCGCGCCACCGCGUCGUGGAUGGCGGACGACGACAUCGACGAGACGCUCCACUCCACGCCACUCGUCACGCCGACGCACUACUACAGUCGUAUCUACGUGAACGGCGUCCCAACACUCUUGUCACGCCGCCCGGGUGGGGGCGACAUGUUCUACCCACUGCCGCAUGAGCAGGACCUUGUGGCUCCUCCCAGCGCCGCGGCUGCACGCGACGGCAACCGUGUCGACUGCUUGCACGGCUCGCGGACGGUGUCAAACUCCUCAGAGGCGUCGGGGGCACCCGCCGGCAGGUUCUUUCCCCCGUCGACGCUACGAGGUGCGCAGGGCGGGCAACCUGUGUUGUGGCAUCGUGCCCUCCCCAGUCUCUGCACCAGAACGGUUCAGGUUGUCCGCCGCACGCGCUCCAGCUCUCUGACCGAUUUGCCAGCAGACCGGCGAAGGUACCGCGUGGCCCGCACGAGGUCGCGAGUUAUGGUAGGUGUUGACCAUUGUAGCCUCGACGAGUACCGCCAGCAAUCCUGGAUGCCGCUGCACAAGGUACCACUGUCGCUGGCCGUGUAUCGACUCCGCCGGGAGCGCGUUCCCAAGCCUCUGCUGGCCCGCCCCGAGUCCGCAGGCCCACAAGGACAGGCUGUGCCACUUCGGUUCAGCGAGUCCGCGGUGCGGGCAGCCCAGGCAGCUGAUGUGGCGCAUCGGACAGUGUACACGCAGCCCUACCACCCAAUAGCGGAGGGCUCUCGAGACUAUCACAGGCAAGGCGACGCCUUCACGGCAGCCGUGCCCGUGCCAACCACGGUCUUUGAGGAUGAGUGCUAUCGAGUCGCUCUCGUGUCCGCAGCGGAGCAGGCGCGCCGCGAGGGCCUCUCCCACCCGGAGGCCUCUCGAAAGGUGAGCCACUCCUUAUUUCCGGCCGACGUUGCGUCGGAGGAGAUCCAUCGCCCAGUGCUGACGCUUGAGCUACUCAUGCAGCACACCCAAUCCACUUCCCAGUCCUGGAGACCUGCCUUCGGGUUGAACACCGCAUUGGAUAGUUCCUUCGUGCCGUCCACCGCGCCACCUUCACCCUCUCGUCGCAGCAGCAUCAGUCACCUCACCCGCAGUAGCAGUUCAGGCAGCACAUCAUCUUCGACCUCGUCUGAGCACUCCAGCACGUCGAGGUCUUCAACUCACACCCGCAAACGGGUCAAGCUGGACGGCUGCCUGUGA